AUGUUUCAGCUUUAUUGCAUAUUACUUGCGGUAUUAGCAUUCAUCUACGGAGACUUAUGCGCUUCAAUCAACGACUUGUUAAAUUUCAUUUGUUGUCAAGGAGUCGACAGUGGUUUCCGAGUACCUAGUGCUCUUGUUGCUGCUGCUGUUGAUUCUCUUGAACCUGAAAUUUUGGACCAGCGGAACAGCUUGACGGCGCCAUCCUCUGCCUUUGCCAAACCUGGUUUGGUCUUGUUGGCAGCCCUGGCGCUUGCUGUUUGCUGGAAAUCUGGAAUGUUUGGACCGAAAGGUCAUGAAUUGGAUGAAUGUCUGGAAAGCGAAAUAAUGAAUGUGAGCGAUAGUGAGGAUGACAUGGAAACUGAUUUGAGUAAUAGUGAAGAUGACAUGGAAAUUGAUUUGAGCGAUAGUGAGGAUGGCAUGGAAACUGAUAUGAGCGAAAGUUUGAAUGAUUUGGAAACUAAUUUGAGCGAUAGUGAGGAUGAUAAUGAUACCUAUAUGAGCGAAAGUGUGAAUGAACUUGAAACUGAUGUAAGUGAAGUAUCUAGACUGGAUAAUAGCCUAGAUUUAGAAGACCUGGAAGAUACUAAGGAGGAACAAGAAAGAGAUAUGCUCGAAGUAUCUAGACUGAAAGAUAGUCUAGAUAUGGAAGACCUGGAAAUGCCUAGCCUGGAAGAGAGUCCUCCCGACAUGGAAGAACCAGAUAUCCCUGAGGAGGAAGGAGAGCUGGAAGAAAUCCAUUUGCCAAGACUACAUCAAGAAGAACCAGAUGUAGUAAAACAGAACUUAGCAGAAGCUCUGGAAAGCAGUCAAGUUUACGGAAAUAAAAUGGAACAUCUCUGGAAGGAAGCACAGGAGGAGAUUGUGCGGCUUCAGAACCAACUUGUGGACAAAGACAAGUUGCUGGAAACGAGCGCACAGGAGGGCGCAGGACUGAAGAGAGAAAUCGAGAACGUCUACCUUGAAAAGGAACAUGUUCUGACUGAAAAACGGCGCCUAGAAGGAGAUUUGGAACUGGCUCUAGAUCGAGGAGAGAGGAUAGAGAACAUGAAUAAAGAACUGAAGGAAAAAUCAGAGUCUCUAGAGAGCCAGUUAGAGGCAAAUAACGUCUUGCUAAAGAAAAGGGAUGAAAAGGAGAGAGAAAAGCAAAAUUUCUUCCAACAGGCUUUGGUCGCAAAGGAAGGAGAACUGGAGAGUGCCAUAAAGAAAAAAACUGAGCUGGGCCUCAAACUGAAACAAAUAGAAACUUCCAAUCAAAAGCUUGUUUCAGAGAAAGAAUAUUUCGAGUGGCUGAUAGAAGGCUACAAGGAUGCCGUAGCCCAGAAGAAGAAGGAAGUUGACCACAUACAAGAAGUACUCGGACGUAUAGCGACAGAGUCUGGGAAGGACCGAGAAACACUUGAGGUCAUUAAAUCAGAAAACGUGAAACUCAGGGAGCUGGCAACUGACCUUCAAGACAGAAAUUGUGAAUUUGAGAAGAACCUAGUAGACGAGACCCAUAAAAACUUGAUAUUAACGGACAAAGUUCAGUCGCUAGAAUUGCUUUUGGACCAAAAAGAAUCUGGGCUGGUCUCAGCAACAGAAAUUCUGACUGCAGAAAGAGCGAACACUGAGAUUUUGGCCGCAGAACUCAAAAAGAUGAAGAACUGGGUCUCAGAACUAGGUGUAGAAAAUGCAAAGUAUAAAGAACAGUUGGAGGAAAAAGAAGCUGAAGUGACUAAAGUGAAGAAAGAGUUAGACAAUGGAAAGAUCACCACCCAAACUCUGGCUGGAGAAGCCCAGGUUAUGAAGAACUGGGUUGCAGAGUUAGGAGGAGAGAACACCAAGCUUCAGGAAAAGGUAGACGAAAACCAACUGCAAAUAAAUUCACUUAAGAAAUCUUUAAGGAGGGAGAAACAGAGGAACAGAGUUCUACAGGAUGCUCUCCAUCAUGAGAAGGAGAUGGAAAACUUGUUGAAGGAAGAAAAGAAGAGGGGAAAUGAGAUGGAAACUUCCCUCAGAACAUUAGAAGUAGAAUUCCAUAAUAGGGACCUCCAAAGAGAAAACUUACUAAACACAGAAAGAAAACUGAGAUGUGAAAUAGCAGAGAAACUAGGCGUCGCUCUCAAUCACAGGAAGGAACUGGAAAGCUUGCUGGAAGAGGCAGAAGAGAAGGUGAGAAAACUUGCAAAAGAUUUCGAGGAAGAGGUCCAGAAAAGGGAGGCCCAAAAACUAGAUUUCUUGGGCAAAGAACAACAACUCAAAGGAAAAAUGCUAACGUUGGAAAGCAGAUUGCAAAAUGCUGAAAAUCUUCUGAUGAAAGAGGAGAGGGAAAAUUUACACUGGCAGCAAAGGUUACAGGAAAAGGACAAAGAAGUAGAGACGCUGAGGAAAGAUGAGGAGGACCAUCAAGAACAAAUGAAGGAGAUGGAGGACAAACUGCAAAAUCUCUCCAAGGAGAGAAACAGUCUGAUCGAAGCAGUCGAAAAACAGUCGAGGGAAUGCCACCUUUGA